AUGAUAGCCGAUUGUCGAUUAGUCAGCUGGCGUCUCAGGUCUCAGCCUCUCAGCUGACUCUUUUGUUGUUGACGGUCACUGAUGCCGCGUUAUAUUAUGUUGCGAGUUGCGAGUCAUUCUUCAAAGACAAAUACAUGACGUAAUAUAAUAACUUUGAUAUGUUUACUACGAAUCUCAAUAUAUGCAAAAACGCACUCGUUUUCGCAGUUAUGAUCUUCGUUGUAACGUUUUUCUCGUCGAAAACACAAAAUCGGAAAAUCUGAAAAGGAUUCAGUCAUAUGAGGUUAUAUCGCGAAAAAUGAUACGGAACAGUGUAUCUUGCAAAAUUAUUACUAUAUUUGCGGUAAUACUCGAAAUUUCGGCUACCAGGCAUUGGUAUGUCACUGAAAAUGGAAAAAUUCAGCCGCAGCAUGAUAGUGUUUUUGAUAUGCGUCGGCCCUACGACCUUCUGGCGUUUUUGGAACAGGAAAAACGCAGAGAAACAGCCAAUGCUAUAUAUAAGAAAAUUUCAAGGAAGGAAGUGUCCAUAGAUAAUCAAUUUGUUAGUUUAGGCAUGGCUGAUACAGAAAAUUCUAAUUCGGAUUGUUUUUUAUGGGACAAAUCAUUGGCUAAUGUCAAUAUACAUGCUAGUAUAAUAAUCGAUUACACACUUAGAGAUGGGAUAGACCAAAAUGAUUAUAUGUUAUAUAAUGUAGUGGCUAAUGAUAAACAAACAAUUCCAGACUGUCAAAACACAUUUCCAUUAGAUUUUAAUAUCUAUACAUUCGAACAUCUUAAAGCAAUGCAGAAUCGAAAGAAUCUUACCCAAUACGAAGAACUUGAAUUAAUGAAGUAUCUACCACCGAGUACUGAUCUCAAUGAAUUUGGUCAUCAACUCGCCUAUAGCUUAUCUCGCAAUAAGACUUCCUGGGUAUAUUUGAAUCUAGCAUCAAUUUAUUGGCGGAUUAAAGGAAAUGCUCACAAUGCUUUAGAGUGCAGUCGUAGAGCUAUUGUUUGCGCUCCAAGGCAAUAUCGCGAUAUUCCUCUUCUGACUACUGCCGGCAUUUUGCACGCUGCGAAAUAUUCUGGCGAAGCCGCGAUUAUUUUACACGCAGCGAUAGAUCAUAAUCCGAUAGAGAGCUACCAUCAUCUAGCGUUGGGCCAUAUUUAUACGUCUCUCGGUGAUUUCGAACGAUCUACAGCGUGCUAUGAUAACUGUUUGAAAUUAGCGCCUGAAACGAGAGAGGCUGAACAGAUGAAAUACGCUAUAUUAUGCCAUAAUUUAUUGGAAACGUCUUUAUUAUUAUUUGAUCACCGCUUGCAGAAUGUACUGUCAGAAAUACACGCAUAUCAUGAUUGGAAGGAAGAAUGGUUCAAGCUUUACGAGCAUAUGUUAUGGGAGCAAAAUAUUAAAUCCACCACCAGGGAAAUUAAACUCGCUUUAGCGCGAGAGCAGAAUCUACAUGUCCUCGCGAUAAAUCCAGUCGAAAAGUCAAUUCAUAAUAUUGAUAAUAACAUUGUAUUGUCUUACAUGGAUUUGGGAGAUAGGAUAAAACUAGCUGAGAACAUGCUGCAAAAUGUUCAUGGUAGUCUACAUUUGUUAAAAAAUCUGCAAAAUCAAGUAAAAGAACGCAGUAAUCAUAUCACAAAAGACAUGACAACAGAAAUAAGUGUGGAAUAUGAUCAUAUGUUUGUAUCACCAACAAAAUAUCCAAAGUAUCACAAUGUAGAAAUCAAGAAAGGAAAUGAGGCUUUUGAAGCUGAUUAUUGGCCAAAGAUUUCUGAUUGCGAUGGUUCCAUGCUAACGUUUGGAGAUGGAAAACAAUACCUACCUAUUUAUUUGUCGCCUGAAAACAAAGGAUAUGCAAUACAUUUGUUUGUAAACGAAUUGAUUGAUAUUGAAUCAUGGAAGAAGCAUCCAUUACCAUGGCAUCCACCAAUAUGUCAAGCACCUAAAUCAUUUAAUAAAAAAUAUAUUACACAUACGCUGCUAGAUGCGACUGUGCAGCAACAUUCGUCGGACGCUUCUCUGAAACCAUUUUUACAAAAUUUAGUUCCAACUGCGGACUUUGCGGAAAUUGGUCAAAGAAUUUUAACAGCAACAAAGGCGAAAGUAGCAGCAUCAUGGGUAUUGUCAAUACUUGCAUCUCUAUAUUGGAGAAUAGUUGGGAAACCUCGUUUAGCCUUGGAUUGUCUUCAGUUAGCAUUAGAUGAUGUUCCUAAAGAAUUCAAGGAUGUACCUUUUGUUAGUAUAGCUUCAAUCUAUCACAAAGUGGGCUUAAUUGAUGAUGCUGUAAGAAUUACAAAUGAAGCUUUGGAAAUUAACACUGUAGAGCCAAUGACUAAUUUUUUACUUGGUAUAUUAUUGAAUAUAAAAGGAAAUUAUACAGGAGCUAUACAUUACUUGAAACAGUCGUUAAGAGUGGAUUCAAACUUAUAUGAUGGUAGGGCCUUAAUGUUAUUGAAGACAUUGACCUGUCGUGAAAAAUUUAAUGCUGUUACAGGUAAUCAAGCAAGCUGUGAGAAAGGAAUUAAUUCACCAAAACAUUUUAUGAACCUGCCUUCUGUAUUACUUACUAAAUACAAUUUGCAAGCAAGUGAUACACUUUUGCGCAAACAACAAGCCAAGAACUGUAAACAUAUUAAAUAUGCUUCAACAAAGACUGAAGAAAUAGGGACAUAUUGCUGGAAUAAUCACAAAAUUGAAUUAGUAGAUGUAUCGUAUUAUAAUAAAAAAGAAAAUAUGCGUCAAGAUCUUAUAUCUUCAUUAUUGCUUCCCAAUAGCGCAACUAAACUACAUGAACCACAUAUAGAUAUGAGCCGAAUUUCAGACGAUAACAUGCGAUUACACUCAUAUACCGAUUGGACAUUUGGUAAAAUGUCUGACAAUCAAAAAGAAUCGUAUUACCCAAAUAAGGAUGAAUGUGAUGAGCUUAAAUAUGAGGAUUGGGCUGCUUCUCUAUUUGUAUUUCAUGAAUUUAUACGACGAAAUAUGACCGUCGAAAAUGAGAUUAAAUCAUUGGACGAUGAUAUUCCGAUUUUACAACCGAUAUGCGACAAAGGUAAUUCUGAAAUGAAUCGUGUAACCGAAAUGGUGCAAUUUUCGCAGUCACUACAAGACAAAACUGAACUCGAUAUGGCCGAAUGGCUAAUGAUGAUAACUGGAACGCAGAGUGACACUUUGCAAGGACUCGGAACCAAAAUUGCAUUUGCAUUGCAAAAGCAUUGUGCUUCUUGGACUUUGGCGAUAGCUGCAUCAUUUUAUUGGCGCACGGCAGGUGAUAGUCGCAAAGCAUUGGAUUGUAUAUGGCAAAGCCUAGAAAACACUCCAAAAGAUAUGCAAGAUAUACUUCUCGUAAAUCUGGCCUCUUUCCUCAAUUCGCAGAAUUAUUUCUACGAGGCCCUCGAAGUCACUCAGAUAGCACUUUCAAUUGGUCCGGAUUUUAUAAUAAAUCAUUAUGUUCUCGCUAAUCUUUAUGCUGCUUUGGGUGAUUUUGAGACUGCUGCAAGUUUUUACAAGUCCUCCCUUGAGCUCGAUCCAAAUUUCGAACCUGCAAUUACGAGGUUGCGAGUGAUAUUAUGUUUCUUGUUAUUUGAAGACAAAAGAUCCGCGAUGGAUGAAAUACUGCGCAAUAUUUUGUAAAAUCGUCUUCUGCAAAAAACAUUAAUGCAAAGAAAUUAGACGAAUUGUUAAAAGUGCCUUUUUACAUUAUCAAUAUGGAACAUAGGAAACAAUACAAAACAAUACAAGACAAUUGCUUUUGUCUUGUCAUAGAUUAUGUGUAACUAUAGACUAUUAUGUUUAACAUUCUAAUUUAAGAUUAAAGAUAUAAUAAUGUUUUUAACAGACACGUUAAAUUAUUUAAAAAAUUUAAAGUUGAAUAAUAUAAAUUUCCAAUGAAUCUCUUUGAAUGAAUCAUUGGACUUCACACAACGUGCACACAAUGUCAUGUAUAUUUUGGUGUAUAGAAUAAAAAACAACGAACAA